AUGACAACAAGUACGGAACAACAAAAUGGUUCUACUACUUCUGCAAUGGCUACGGCGUCUUCAAGUCACACAACGCCUGGACCGGCUGUGGUACCGGCAGAAAAGCUCGAAAAAUUUUCCGGCAUGGACUUCAAACGCUGGCAGCGGAAAAUAUUCUUCUACCUGACCACACUCAGUCUGCAGCGCUUUAAUAGCGAGGACGUUCUAGUCUUGGGAGAAGAGACUCCGGAUAAUGAGCGAUUUGUGGUCACGGAGGCAUGGAAGCAUUCUGACUUCUUGUGCAAAAAUUAUAUAUUGAGUUAUUUGGAAGAUGGCUUGUACAACGUUUACAGUGUCAUAGAGACUUCGAAAGAGUUGUGGAACGCUCUUGAAAAGAAGUACAAGACGGAAGAUGCCGGACAAAAGAAAUUUGUUGUGGUAAAAUUCUUGGACUUUAAAAUGGUUGACACAUUUCAAGUUGAGGCAUUUAUUGGAAAGUUGCCUCGGAUGUGGAAGGACUUUAAGAAUUGCUUGAAACAUAAGCGCAAGGAGAUGACGCUUGAAGACCUUAUUGUUUGUCUACGGAUUGAAGAGGACAACAAGGCUGCUGAGAAGAAGUCUCGUGGAAAUUCAACAAUAAUGGUCGGAAAUGCUAGAGAAUGUUGGAUUGAUUCGGGGGCAACUCGUCAUGUUUGUGCUAACAAGGAGUUUUUUACUUCUUAUGCUCCCGGUGGACCCAACAAUACAGUUUUUAUGGCAAAUUCCGCUACUGCAAAAAUUGAAGGAACGGGCAAGAUAGUUUUGAAGAUGACUUCUGUCAAGAUUGUGACUCUAAAUAAGGUCCUUCAUGUUCCUGAAAUGCGGAAGAAUUUAGUCCCGACAUCACUUCUAGUCAAGAAUGGCUUUAAGUGUAUUUUUGUUUCCGACAAGGUUGUAGUUAGUAAGAAUGAAAUUGGAGAUUACAUAAUGGAAGCUGCAGCUUCUGGUGGGAUAAUUGGUUGGGAUCAGGCCCUUUGGCCAAUAACAGAACAUGAGGAGGAAGACCAGGCAGAAUCUCAGUUUCUCAUUUCUGGAAUGAGGGGCAUUGGGACCUCCAAAGGCUUAAUGAAACAGCCCCAGCUCAUAAGAUUCAUGAGAUCAUGUAGAUAG